AUGCUCGAGAAUCGCAGCCAUGUCGAUUUUGCCGACAUUCAAAAAGUCACCUAUCUUCUCUUGAUGUGUUAUGCGGUUGUGUCAACAAUUUCAUCAAUAUUCAUUGGACCCUUGGCAGAUCGAUGCUCAUCUCGCAAGGCGCCUUUGAUAUUCUCAUUGGUUCUCACAUUUGUCGGAUCGGCUAUUCUAGCAAUAUCAACCAACCUUACGGGGCUUUUUAUUGGCCGCAUUCUCCAAGCUAUUGGCGGCACUGCGGCUUGGAUCAUUGGUUUCGCUACCCUCAGAGACUCAAUUGAAGGGAAAAAUAUGGGAAAGGUCUUUGGAGUGGUACGGAGCUUUGUGAGCCUAGGAGCCCUCUCUGGCCCAGCUGUUGCCGGCGUGCUACUCGAGUUAGCCGGUUACUGGAUAACUUGGGGCAGUGUUUUGUUUAUUCUUGCACUGGACAUUGUGAUAAGAUUCUUGAUGGUGGAAAAGCCAUUGAAGAAGGGCGGUUCCUCCAAGCCCGAGAACGAUCAUGACAGAUCCAGCACUGCAUCACGUAGCACAGACGAGGAGUCCCCUCUACUCCCUGAGGCGUCCUGCGAUCCCAAGGCAAGCGCUCAAACGGAAGAAGUGGCCAGUGUGCCCACCGCAUCAUUCUACAGGGCGAUUCUUCUGCAGCCUCGGGUUAUCAUUGGUCUCUUAUGCUCUACGGUGUACUCCGCCAUUCUCGCGAGCUACAGCACGACCAUUCCUAUCCAUGUGAACCUUGCAUUUGGCUGGGGAAGCUUACCCACUGGCCUUCUAUUUAUCGGGUUAGAGGGCCCAAUCAUAUUGGCCAGCCCUCUAUACGGAUGGCUUCGAGACAAAAUUGGCACUCGGCUCCCGGCCACAAUCGGUUUCACUCUUCUGGCCCCGUUGCUCUGGCUGGCCGGAGCAGCGGAUCAAAAGGAGUUUCCGUGGGCCACGCCUCAGAGCUCAGCUGAGGCUACAUAUAUCGCUGCCAUCAUAUCUAUUGGAGCUGUCACUAACUUGAUGAGCAGUGUAUCUACCAUUGAGACAACAUAUUCGAAAGUUCCCCGGCUGAUCGAGCAAUUUGCAUUGAAAGGCGCAGUAGACGAGGCUGAAGAAAAGCAGCCAGGAAUUUUUGGCCCAAAUGGAGGCUAUAAUCGAACUUACUCAAUCUCCACCUUGAGUUUCUCGGUGGGAUUACUUGUUGGGUCACUCUUUUCUGGUGUCUUGACCGAUACAGUCGGAUACUAUUAUAUGAAUUCGAUCCUGGGUAAGUCCGCUUUCGUUCUCCGUCAUUCACCCAGCUAA